AUGCUCUUGACUACGCUUGCGCCCUGGCUCGCGCUGGCCUUGUGCUGCCGCAGUGCUCUUGGGGACGUGCGCGCUCGAGUCCUCUCGUGCUCGGUUUACAAAAACACAUUGAACGGCCAGGACUCCCUCCAGUACAAUGUCAUCCUGGCGGAAGUCUUCCCGGGCUCCAGACCAUCCAUCUGCGAUAGCUAUUUCGCCUCCAUGAAGCGGCGAGGAGUGCUUCUUGGCUGCGCGAGCGAAACCGACACCGGUCUGCUGAUGCUGGGUUACCAUCUCGAGACGGCCGAGUUCACGAAUGACCCUCAGUGGGGUUUCACCAGCACGAUGCAGACUUUCCAAGAUACCAUUGGGGAUCCCUCCGGAAACAAUACUUGCCACGUCCAGGACGACAGUAGCGACGUUGACUAUCCCUCCUUAACGCGGCGCGACGAAGACGCCUCGGGAGACUACGAGCUAGGUUCCACGGCCUUCUUAGGCGAGCGUUAUGCAGAGUUAAUGGAGCCAUCCACCUUCUCUGACCUCGCUCGCCGCCAACCCCAGCCCGCGGUCGGUUUCCCGUUCCAUUCUGGUUUCAGGUUCUCCCUGGUCUCCGGUCUCAGCCUGUUCACCAAGUCUAUCACCAGAGAUGUGCUCAACAGCAACGCCCUCGUCAACCUACCCACCACCGCCACCGAUUUGACUGCCACCGUCAAUGAGAUGGCAGCUGCGCUGGGUCAUCUAGGGAGGACCCACGGCGUCAAAGAGGUGCUCAUUCGAGCUCUUGGCACCGGAUUCAUGGUCUCGUUCGACACCGCGGUUAGCGGAGGCCAGCUGAGCAUUACCGAGCAGGACUGGCGCCUCAUUGUCCAGUGCAUGUUGGACGCCUUCCUAACCGAGAACAAUCGGGGCUUCGAGAAUCGCCUCGACAUCAUGCUCAAGCGCGACGGAGACGUCGCUGGCCUUACGGUGGCGCAAUUCACAGCGAUAUUGUUCCCUGCGUAA